AUGUAAUUAUUUAUUAAAAUAAUUUCAUCAAAAGGACACUUUAUAAUAUAAUAAUAUAAAUUAUUUAAAAUCAGCAUAAUGCACGAUUUGUAAUAAGGUGAUUUGAUAGGAGAAAUAUAUAAAGUUAAGAAGCUUCUUUCAUAGGGUUCUUUUGGCAAAGUUUAUAUAGGAAGGAAUAUAGAAAAUGGAAUGAAAGUAGCAAUUAAAGUUGAAAAAUAGGAAAUGUCAAAUUACUUAAGUUUAGAAAGAGAGGUUAGUUGAAAAAUAAUUAAUAGAUAGAAAUUUUGAAGAAAUUAAGAGGAAUACCAUAAAUACCUUAAUUACUUUGGCACGGCAGACAUAAUGGACUUUAAAUAAUGAUAAUAAAAAUGCUUGGAUUUGAUUUAAUUUAUUUCUUGAAAAAACAUAAGAAAUUUUCACUUGAAUGCAUUUUCAAUAUUGCUUAAUAAAUGAUAGAAAUAUUAGAAAAUAUUCAUAAAAAGUAUUAGCUGUAAGUUUAUCAUUUUAGGAAUAUAAUUCAUAGAGAUUUAAAACCAGAAAACAUUUUGGGCAAAAGUCAUUCUGAUAAGAUUUUUUUAAUUGAUUUUGGAAUUUCUAAAGAUUCUUUAAAAAGUAAGAAAUAAACUAAAGCAAAAAUUCCAUUUAUAGGAACAAGUAGAUAUGCUUGUAUAACAGCUCAUAGAGGUUAAGAUUAAUCAAGAAAAGAUGAUUUAGAAUCUCUAGGUUAUGUUUUAAUAUACCUUUUUAAACAGAAAUUACCUUGGUCUGAUUAUGAAAAAUUUGAGAACGAUCGUUUAGAGAGAAUUGGAUAAUUAAAAUGUGAAUUAACACCAUAAUAAAUUUGUGAUGGCUGCCCAUAAUAAUUAUAAAAGUAAUGACAAAACAAAAAAUAUAGUUUUAUGACUUAAGUGACAGAAUUGAAUCAUUAACAAAUUCCAAAUUAUUAGAAAUUGAAGUCCAUUUUCUAAUUGAAAAUACAUCAUAAAUUAUAUGUUAUUUUUGAUUGGUCAAAUCCUUAAUUUGUUAAUUCAAAAACGAGUCAAAAUAAAAAAAAUAAUAAUUAGAAAUAAAAUAAAUAUGAUAGUGUUUAACAUAUAAGAUUGUAUAUUUUAUAUUAAUUAUUGUAGAUCUUUGGAUAAGAUGAGUUGUAGACAUCUUAAUACAAUCACUUUUUAGGCUGAUUCAAAUGCAUCUUCUUUCAAUAGUCAAUAAUCAAGUAGUAUGUAACAUUCUUUUGGAAGUCAUUAGAGUGUAUAAGUUGAUUUUUUUUUAAAUUCUGAAUCAAGUAUACAUUCAUAAAAAAAAUAAAAUAAACUAUCAACCUUUGAUGCAUUCAUAAUGAAUGAUGAUAUAAUGCCAAUUAAAGAUUAACUUUAAUUAAUGGAAUUAGAAAACUAGGAUUUAGAAAUUAAGCAUAAUUUGUUACAUUAUCAUUCGGUUUAUUAUAAUUUCAAGAAUCCAUUUUAAGGAUUGUUACAAUUAAAAAUCAAUUGA